UUGUUUUGUUUGGUAAAAAGCGCGACUGUCCACACACGCGAGGCUCAGAUUUGUACUUUUUUUGCUUUAUUAAAACGUCCACGCUCCUUCGCAACGAUGUUCAGCUCGACCUUCAAGAAUUUCAACAUCAACUUCAACGCCCUGAACGCGGAGAACACUGUCACCAGCGGGGACGUCAUCACGGGACACGUCUCCUUCGAUCUCGCGAAGCCCACGAAGAUCAGCUUGAUCACCAUGACUGCGACAGGCAAGGCACACGUCCACUGGUCCACCGGGGGAGGCGGGCGGAAGAGGAGGAGCAGGAGACACUUCACUGCCAAACUGGAGUUCUUCAAUCUGAAGAGCGCCAUCGUGCAAGGAAACGCUGCUGUUGGUGGGGACAUGAAACUUCAGCCUGGCAAACAUAUGUACCCAUUUACAUGUCAGCUACCUCAUGGAGACUUUCCGUCGUCUUUCACGGGGAUCCAUGGAAAUAUAUCGUAUAGCCUGACGGUGAGCAUCAGCAGACCCUGGCAUUUCACCAAGGACUUUGAGACAAAGCUGAACUUUGUACACCACUAUAAUGCCAACCAGCCGGACCUGAGGGCUCCUCUCUCAGGCACCAAUCAAAUGACACUGUGCAGCCUGUGGUGUGCCUCGCCUCGCCUCGCCAUGACGGUCACCAUAGAGAAGAAAGCCUUUGUUCCUGGUGAAACUGUGAAAAUAUCGUGCAACUUCAGCAGUGAAUCAUCUCGAACAGCUACUCCAAAGGUGAAGCUCAUUCAGAAGCACGAUUACUACACCGACAACAAGCUCCACAGAAGGAUGUACGCCAAGACCUUGGCGUCAGUUACGGAUCAGCCCAUCGAUGCCAGGACCCGCUAUGUGCAGACUGACAUCAUGCUCACUAUUCCCUCGUCCGCAGUGCUCACCAUCUCCAACUGCAGCAUCCUUGUUUUGAGUUACUGGAUUGAGGUGAGCCUCAGUGUUUGCUGUGCCAGGGACCUCAUAGUCAUGUUUCCCAUCAUUCUGUGCGACACUCCUGUUUACACUGAAGAACCCCCCGUUUAUUCGUGAGUACAUUUACAAAAAACGUCUGGAGUUGCUUCAGAUGUAAACGAGGAAAUGCCGACAUACUGUGCUCUCUCACUUAUGGCCUUUUUAAUUCAGUUUUUCCUCAGGGUUUUUUGUAUCAGAUUUCCCAUAUCAGGGAUAACUUUUGCCAAAAAAAUUUUUUACAGACUUUGUCCUAAAAAAUAUACGGUUUUCUUUCAUGUAUGCAUUUCUUGUUCUUCCCACAAGUGUACUAUUUUUGUUUUGCAUGUCUGUGCAUCCUACAUUUCCCCCAUGUAUUCAAUGGGUUUUACCAACUUUUUAUGCACUGAUUGUUAUGAGUUGACCAGUAGCGGCUUGGGAGAUAUUUUUGCGGGGGGCACAGUGCGUGAAAAGGCAUUUUUCAGAUGCAGUUUAACGAUGUACCAACUGUUACGUCACACUAAAUUUCCCCUUCUCCCUUUCUCUAAGCGACUUCUGUGUCUAAAGCAACUUAAAAAAAGAAGUUAUUUCGAGUGCUGAAAAUCUGCGACCUACAGUAUAAGCUUGUACAGUAUCUCUUAUGCCCAAAGAUAAAGGAAGUACAACACUUAGCAACUUUACAUGUGCCCUAGCGCCCCCUACUGAUGAGCCGCCACUGCAGUCAACAGUUACAGUGCAUCACACGCAUCGUCACACUGCCAUAUUCCGUAUAUUAUUGUUGAUGUUAAAAGGUCACUCGUAGCCUAAAAGCAAACAUAUGUUACAGUUUGAAUGUUAUUAGUACUUAAUCAAGAGCAUUUAUUGAUGUGAAAAGUGAUGUAGUAUGUACUAGGAUUGAUUUUAUCUUGCCACAAGGGGGAGCUUUGCAUCUCUGUAAUCAAUGACCUUAUGAUGUAAUGUGUUCUGCGAUGCAAAAACACAAGAAAAUACCUUUUUUUUCUUACUAUAUUUUAAGGUGAAAAGAUUUCUUCCUUUCCCUUUUUUUUAAAGAGUUUAACACGUCAUGAAUCUGAAUUAUCUUGGUCCUCCUAACAUGGACUUUACAUACCAUCCUAGAAUAUAGAAUAUACUGUUGUUAGUGUGUGUUACAUCUCAACUGUUCUCACACACUUUGUGUGUAAAUUGUGUUAAGAGAAGUUAUUUACUAAUAUUUCUCUCUGUCUGACUACAUAAAAAAAGGUUGUGGCACAGUAAUGUCACAUGGUUGGCUUUUAUACCAUCUCAUUUUGCUCCUUUCAAAGGCCGCAACUAACGAUUGUUUUCAUAAUCGAUUAAUCGGUCGAUUGUAGGUAGAACAACCUCGUUUAAGACCGUGUUUCCCAACCUGAAGUACCAAAGACUCAAAGAAAACGAGGCAAUAUCUCAAGAGUUACCUUGGUUUUUGAUAUUAUGGGAGUUUUUUAUCCAUAGGAACAAAAACCUACAACUGCUGUAUAUUUUUUUUGCAUACAAACGUUUGAAUUUAAACGUUUGAAUUGUAAUUCUGUAACUUAUUUUUUUUCUUUUUAACCAUCCAUGGACUUAAAAAUCAAUUCUUUAUGGUGAAAGAGCAUGAAAUUGUUUUCAUGCUCCCAUGUAUUUGUAUGUAGCAGCUUCUUGUAACAAGGUGCAGUUAAGUUUGUGUGUAGAAUGCAGUAUUAUUAUUUUCAGAGUUUUAUUAGCCGUGGGUGGGAACUGUGGCACAUGUAGGAAAACACCCGGCGUCACCUUGAGUUUGACUGAUAAAUCCAUAACAGUUCAAUGUCAGUCAUACUAAACAUGUUUACAUAUAUUUUUAAAGACUGAGAAACACAUUAACGGCAUGUAGUUGUAUUGAUUAACAUUAUAUACUCAAGGGUUUAUCACACGUUUUCCUAAUAUAUUAAUUUAGUCCUCACUAACACCUUGACAGCCACUGUAGCCGGGGAGCUUGUGUGUAACCUCAGUGCCUUUUAUAUUCAUGUUGCCUACUGAAGUGGGUGUUAUUAUUAUUAUUAUUAUUAUUAUUAAUAAUGAGGAUACAACAAUAAUAAUAGUAAUAAUAAGGUUAUAUGGUAGUUUUGGGGUUAUUUUCUCAACUGGAUUUUUGCUGUGCUCUCUUACCAAAAAUGCCAAUUCAGUGUCGGAUGCUAGUCAUUACGCUUCUUUACACCCUGUUAACUGGAACAUAAUGACUCCCAAUGUACCAAAAUCUUGGUAAAUAGACAGCUUAAAUGUAAAAUCUGCCAUUCCCAUGUUGUGUUCUCUCAUCAUCAAGUAGAAUAAGACUAGUAAAACCCCUGCAUGGUGUUUAUUUUAGCCUCAGCAGCAGAGAGUCUGUCACAGCUGAAGGUGAUUUGACGGAAACAAUUUGUAACCUGUGACUGGAACGCUGGUUUACCCAAGAGUGAACUUGUCCAGACUCUCCAGCAAGAGUGAAGGCCUUUCUGUCAUUGAUGAAUGUCAGUGAUUUUACAAUUCUAUCCACCCGCACAGUUUUACGAGAAUGUCAUUUUUAGAAGAAUAAAAGAAAAUGGUAUAAUGGUA